AUGAUAGUCUCCUUCUCGCCGCUUUUGCUAUUUCUAGCUUUUCUGCCGUUAUCAGGUUUGUUCAUAUCUUCAAUUGAAAACUGUUUUAGUUUUAGAACGAGCUUCUUCACAAAAAAAAGAUAAGAUUUCAAAGUUCAUGGUAAAAACUUCUAUAAAUAAGUUUCGAUUCACGAGUUCGUUCUACUACACUGGCAAGGCCCAUACGACCUCAAAAAGAAGAUCUAGAACUCAUUUUUAAGUUUCUGAAAAGGUGUCUAAAGAUUCUUUGAAUCUCAUUUCUUUCUUCUUUUUUCUCUAAAAAGGUCAAAAAAAGGAGCUUGUGAGACCUUUUUUCAAAAAGAUUCUUUUAGGUCUUUCUGGAAUAUAAACUGGGGAAUUUUCUUGAAAAUAAAGGAAUAAAUAGGUUUUCUGAGAGUUUCCAAUUACAAAAACUACUGUUCUCCAGGAAGCUAUACUACAUGAGUUUUUUUAGAGAAAUUAUCGUUUAUACACCUCGGACAUUGGUAACGCGAACGUGCUCUUUUCUACGCAUUUCUAGUGACCACUUUAGUAGCGUCAGAGCUCUCAAGUGAUCCCUAGAAUCGCCCAAAAACGUCCGUUACCGAUAUUCGAGAGUACACUUGAUUUUUUGAAAAAGAAAGAUAUUUUCUAGUGCUUCAUGUCUUGCACAUAUGACUUACAGACGCCGCGAAACCGACUGACAAACUCGAAAACUUGCUUCUUCCCAGUUCCGAUGCCCUCGAGCUUGUGGGAGUCCAGUUCAUUGGUUUAUUUUUUAAUUUGAAUUUCAAUGGGCAGAACCUUCUAAAGAUCCCCGACACCUCUCGAGUUUUCGUAGUUUGAAGUCACUUCAGACAAAAAUUAUUUUUUUCACUUUUGUCAAUACAAUACUCCCACUUAGGGUCUUUUUUUAUACCUAUUUUUUUCAAAAUUACAGUGAAUAAGCCCCUCCUUCGGAACUUAUUCAGUUUUGUACUUUCCCAUGUACGACGUUAACAUGGAAAGCUGCAAAACUGCAAUAAAACAGUUACAGAUACUGACUCAAAAAGAGAUUAAUCCGCAGAAAACGCUCUCCUGAGUCCAAUUUUUCUCUGAAAUUCGAGCUAAAAUAUUUUUCCAGAUGCUCUCAUCAAAAAAGGGCAAAUGGAAAUGGCAAAAGGAGCGUUCAAAACACAGUUGGAAGUUUUGCAAAAAGUUCAUCCAGAGCAGGUUAGAAGAUUGUUGGGGUUGUGCAACGCCAGAAGUUCAGUACGAGAAAUACAAGAAGCUGAAGGUGGAAGACUUGGCGGCGGACGCGGUCCUGCAGCAGGCGCAAAUGGCUAGCAUUCAGCCGAAGACAGGUGAGAUUCGAGUUGAUCUUCGGUCUCAGAAUUCAGUUCAGGCAACGCGUUCAUCGACAUGCUCAACGGCAACGGAAUCCCGAUCGGCAGCAGCUUGCGCGGCAUUGAAGACGCCAUUCGCACGCAACGCGACAUGGAGACUCAGGACCCAUCCGAGCAGGUUCCUCAAGUCGAAAAACAUCUUUUUUACAAACUUCUGCAGAUUGCCAAGGCUGUAAUGGAGAAGUUCCAAACUCAGAUUCUGCCGGGACUCGUGGCCAACAUGAUCGCUGGAAGGAAUCCAUUCAAAGUUAGACUAUGCUUCAAAGUGUGCAAAAUACCCAAAUUAGGCCAAAAAGCGCUAUUUCGGGCUUUUGAAGUGUCCUAACUCGAAAACGAGAUCUAUUGCGAGAAAUUUUUUUCUCGUUCUGGAGUCAGGAGGUCCUAAAGUACACUUAACAAAGUUUCAGCAAAAGUUCAACCACGGCGUAAAAAACGUUCCCUAGUAAACCAAGGAAGCUUUUUAAAUUUUUAAGCUUAAAAUUGUGUGGAAAAAUAUAUAAAAUUCAAAAUAACGUACUUUCUUUGUAAGUCUACAAAAUGAAAUGGCAGAUGCCGCAACAAGGGAGAAGGAUGAAUGUGCCACCGGCUUUCCAACAGCAAAAAAUGAUGGUUAGGCUUACUAUCACUUGUGUCAAAUUAUUUCAAUUUUUCCAGCCUCCGCCUGUUCAACGUGUUGAAUCGCAGAAUAUAGAAGAGGAGCCGGAAAUUCCUGAGGAAGAGCCGAAAGACGACCCGAGGCAGCUCGUUCGUCGACUCAAAGCGAGUCCUCGACUCCGCAAACUUCUUGAGGUAGGCAUUAUAUUUAUAGUGAAUGAAUUUCAGUUUUUCAGAAUGCCCAAGUCGCUUCGUUGUUCACUCAGAGACGGAGGGACGCCCCAUUGAGAAGACUUGCAACCUUAGGUAGAAUCUGCACAUAUUACAGAUAUAGCCGAGUCACGGCUAGCUUGGGACGCUAAGGGGGCGUGGUAUGUCUGCGCUCUCCAUCAAUCAGGCACUGUCUCGAUUCUUAUCGUGUCAGGACCCUAUAUUCGAUGGCUCAAGCCAGCCGUAAAUCAGCCACAGUACUCCAUAGACAGAAGGAUAACCAUAACAAAAAAAAGUUGCGCUUGUUAGAUUUCAGAAUACAGAGGUCCAUAUUAUCAGAGAAAAAGUUACUUGAAAUCAGAAAGAAAAAAAGUUUCAGUUCCCGUCAAAAGGGCGUUUUGCAGUAAAGUUGCUCUGUGGACAAAAUGAAUCACAAUUAUUUUGGUUUUCGCUUUUAAUUCGUUUUUUAGAUUGUCGAACAUUCUGACGCAGCAGUGAUAGCUCGCCAAAAUUUGUUAGAUUCUUGCAAACAGAAAAUGAUAAUUUUUUUAUUCAUUUGUUUUUUUAAAUAAUUUAUUUUUCAAACAGAUGAAGAAGACGAGUCAACAUUCAAGGCGAUGGAAGCUCAAGCAAAGCUCGACGGCAAAUCUCAACUUCUUCUCGGAAUUCAUGACUUCUACCAUGGAACCUUGGGCGAAGACGAUGACGUAGAAGAUGAUCAGCAGGUAUUUUUUCAAUUUUAUCAUUCUUUUUUCAUCAUUCUCACUCCAGGCGACAGGAGUCCGUCGUGCGCCAUACUCUGUGUCGUCGAACUUUAUCGAGAAACUCGCGACAAACUCGGAACUGAAAGACGCUUUGAAAAGUAUCAAGUAUCGUUUGAAUGACGUGGAAAAGUAUCUGGAACCGAAAAAGAUCGAAGUCAACCCCAGCCCUCAACCAGGUUACUUUGUACCUCGCAAGAUACCAACAAGGUAAAGGACCAUGAGAAUCAAAGACGCAAAAACCUUUUCAGGCCUCGCAAAAUGAUUCCCCUUCUGAUUGGAAUGGAUCCGAAUGAAGCUGAGGAGCUACGACGAGCGCCUUCGACAGAAUGGGAAGAAUCCGCCGAGUCUAGGGUUUCACAUAAACUCACUUCAAAGUACAAUGAAAUACUUAGGUGAUCACCAACCUCAAAAACAAUCCGAGCAUCGCCCCGCUGUUCAUGGACCCACAAUUACAACAAAAACUUUCUGGCAGGUAAUUACUGUCUCCGAAUCUAGUGACUAUCGCUGUGGUCAGACAAAUGCUGACCCCCGAGCAGAAAGGAAGAACGAUUUUGAAAAGAGUGAACGCGUUGCCGAGGCUUUUUGGUAGCAACACCUAUCAGCCGAUCGAUGCGAAAGUCACUCAAGUGAGACUUGGAUUUUUUUGAUAUAGUUCCUUCUCCAAGAAUUUUUAGAUGAUUGAAGAACGUCCGGUGCCUCCUCUUUUCUGGACACCCAAAGGCAAACACACGCGGCUUCGCUGGACUGGCGCUAACGAGCGCGAGAUCCCGGGCCUUGGUAACUUGUGAAACUUUUCAAAUAUAAAAAAAAAAUAUCAGUUCAUCUGUUCGAGACCCACAUGUUUUUCUCUUUGUAUUGAUUUAUUUCUCCCUCCCAUCGCCUUUCCGAGCACAUACAGUAACUUUGUCAACUAUAUCAGGGUCGCGAUUCAUUCUGCCCUCGCUAGACCCGACGAUGCCGGCGCUGAACUCGGCGUUUUCGACGCAGGGAAGAGCGCGGUGAGAAUUUUCAGUUUCUACCGGAUUAAAGAGAGUUGCAGAGAUGAAUGGGACACGACGUUCAAGAUUCCCAACGAAUGGAAUGCAGGGGAUGAGAUCGGCUUUGGCAUGAAGACAAGUACGAAAAGAUUCGUUGGCGGCAAUGGCGGCUUCGACAUGCCCGCCUUCCAACUCUAA